AUGGCCGCGCCCAGCCACCGCUCGCGCGGUUCUGAUGAUGGCGUCUUUGACGAUGCCAGAACAUAUUAUACCGAGGAGCGCCACACUAAUCGUGCUGGCCCUCGCACCCGAACAUACUCGCAGAACAGUUUGAUGCGCCAAUUCGAAAGAGUUGGCCUUCGUGAGCCCUUCCGACGAGGUAGUCAUGAUGAGAGCUCCCAGCAGAGCCGCCGCUUCCUCAUCCAGGUGGACUCGACCCUGGAGAGCCUGCAGCUGCAGGAAGAUACCGAUGGAAAUAUGCAAAUCACAAUUGAGGACAACGGUCCCAAGGUCAUUUCGCUGCGGACCGCUGCCUCUGCUGGCCACAACCGGUUCGACGUUCGAGGAACAUACAUGCUGUCCAACCUUCUCCAGGAGUUGACACUGGCCAAAGAGUACGGACGUAAGCAGAUCGUGCUCGAUGAGGGACGACUCAACGAGAACCCUGUUGAUCGCUUGUCUCGUAUGAUUCGCGAUCACUUUUGGGAGGGCUUGACUAGACGCAUCGAUGCAUCCACCAUUGACAUCGCCGCUCGAGACCCCAAGGACUGGACCGAUGAUCCCCGCCCGCGUAUCUAUAUCCCACAUGGAUGCCCCAAGCAGUACGAGUUUUACAAGAGAGUGGCUGAGGAGAGACCCGACAUGCGGCUGGAUGUUCAGCUCCUGCCCGAGAAGAUUACCCCGGAGCUUGUCCGUGAUAUGAACGAUGCGCCUGGUCUGCUGGCUGUAGAUGUUGAGGAGGUGGAAGAUCCAAACCACAGCAGUGGAUGGUCUCUCAAGGGCUUGCCGUUUGUUGUCCCUGGUGGUCGCUUCAACGAGCUCUACGGAUGGGACAGCUACAUGGCGUCUCUGGGUCUUCUUAUCAACGACCGAGUUGAUCUGGCCAAGUCUAUGGUCACCAACUUCUGCUUCUGCAUCGAGCACUACGGCAAGAUCCUCAAUGCCACUCGAUCAUACUACCUCUGCCGAUCGCAGCCUCCAUUCCUGACCGACAUGGCUCUCCGAGUCUACGAAAAGAUCAAACAUGAGCCAGACGCCAAGGAAUUCCUCCGACGCUCAAUCUUGGCGGCCAUCAAGGAGUACCACAGCGUGUGGAUGUCAGAGCCUCGACUUGACCCUACCACUGGACUCUCGAGAUACCGACCAGAGGGUAUGGGUGUGCCUCCUGAGACUGAGGCUACUCACUUUGUGCAUAUUCUUGACCCAUACGUCAAGAAGCACAACAUGACCUUCGAGCAGUUUGUGCACGCUUACAAUCAUGGCGAGGUCAAGGAGCCUGAACUUGAUGAGUAUUUCAUGCACGAUCGCGCUGUGCGAGAGUCUGGCCACGACACCUCGUACCGCCUCGAGGGAGUGUGCGCCAACUUAGCCACCAUCGACCUCAACUCUCUACUUUUCAAAUAUGAGACUGAUAUUGCCCGUACUAUUCGCAGUGUCUUCAACGACAAGCUUGCCAUGCCCGAAGAGUUCUGCGCUGGAACGCCAUACCAGCCCGGAGAGAUCCUUUCAUCGGCAGCCUGGGACCGACGAGCUAAGCGACGCAAGCUGACAGUUGACAAGCUGAUGUGGAACGAGGAGGAGGGCAUGUUCUUUGACUACGACACGGUGAAGCGCGAGCGUUGCACAUAUGAGACUUGUACCACCUUCUGGGCCCUCUGGGCUGGUAUUGCGACACCAAAGCAGGCCGCCGAGAUGGUGCGCAAGGGUCUCCCCAAGUUUGAGGUAUACGGCGGUCUCGUUUCAGGAACAGAGGAGUCGCGUGGAGCGGUCGGCCUCAACCGGCCUAACCGACAGUGGGACUUCCCGUACGGCUGGCCGCCACAGCAGAUGCUGGCGUGGACUGGAUUGAUCCGCUACAGCUUCACCGAGGAGGCGGAGCGGAUUGCUUACAAGUGGCUCUUUAUGGUGACCAAGGCGUUUGUCGACUUCCACGGCGUGGUUGUCGAGAAGUAUGAUGUAACGCAGCCAGUUGAUCCCCACCGAGUGGACGCCGAAUAUGGCAACCAAGGUCUGGGCUUCAAGGGCGUCAACAAAGAAGGAUUCGCAUGGGUUAACGCGAGUUACGUCUACGGAUUGCAGAUUGUCAACGCGCACAUGAGGAGAGCUCUGGGAGCGCUCACACCUUACCCAACACUGAUCAAGGCUAUUGAGCAGAACAACGAAAAGGCGCUUGCUGGCCUGCUGGCGCCUUGA